AUGUCAAUUGAAACUCCCACCGAGAUUCAGUGCCUUGGGAUUCCUGCUGUCUUGGAAGGCCAGAGUGUGGUUUUGGGUUCUCAUACUGGUUCUGGAAAAACUCUCUCUUACCUCUUGCCCAUUGUUCAGUUGAUAAGACAGGAUGAGGCAUUAUCAGGUAGAAUGAUGAAGCCAAAGCGUCCUCGAGCUGUUGUUCUAUGCCCCACUAGGGAGCUAUCUGAGCAGGUUUUCCAUGUUGCCAAGUCGAUUAGCCAUCACGCUCGGUUCAGGUCUAUCAUGGUUAGUGGUGGUGGAAGGUUGAGACCUCAGGAAGACUCGCUUAAUAACCCGGUCGAUAUGGUAGUCGGGACUCCCGGUAGGAUUCUUCAACAUAUUGAGGAAGGAAAUAUUGUGUAUGGAGAUGUAAAGUACGUGGUUUUGGAUGAGGCAGAUACUAUGUUUGAUCGUGGAUUUGGUCCUGAUAUUCGCAAGUUUCUUGCUCCUUUAAAAAAUCGUGCAUCAAAGGCUGAAGGGCAAGGGUUUCAAACUGUGUUGGUUGCUGCAACAAUUACAAAGGGAGUUCAAAUGCUAGUUGAUGAGGAGUUCCAAGGCAUAGUGCAUUUACGCACAUCGACUCUGCAUCGAAAGGUUGCAUCUGCUCGCCAUGAUUUCAUAAAACUCUCUGGAUCCGAAAAUAAGCUCGAAGCAUUGCUACAGGUUCUUGAGCCAAGUUUGGCCAAGGGUAACAGGGUGAUGGUCUUCUGCAAUACCCUGAAUUCUAGUCGUGCUGUGGACCAUUUUCUUUCUGAGAAUCAGAUGGCUACUGUUAAUUACCAUGGGGAGGUCCCGGCAGAGGAGAGGGUUCAGAAUCUGAACAAAUUCAAAAGCGACGACGGAGAUUGCCCCACUUUGGUUUGUACGGACUUGGCUGCUAGAGGACUAGACUUGGAUGUAGACCAUGUGAUAAUGUUUGAUUUCCCCUCUAACUCUGUUGAUUACCUUCAUCGCACUGGAAGAACUGCUCGAAUGGGUGCAAAAGGUAAAGUAACGAGCUUGAUCACUAAAAAGGAUGUACCACUAGCCACAAGGAUCGAGGAAGCUAUAAGGAAGAACGAGAGCUUAGAGUCCCUCACUAUGGAUGGCGUUCGAAGAGACAAAGCCCGGGCUCGUAUUACUGAACAGAAAGGGAAGAAUGUAAGACUGUCGAAAUCAUCCAGCCAGAGUAGCAAGACUAAACCUCUUGGUGUUAAAUCCAACAGCUCGACCAAGGUCCUGGAUUCCCCAAGAAGCUCUAGGCAAAAGCCCUCUCCUGCAACGGCGUCUAGGAGAGUUGUGAAGGUCGGAAAAACACUGAAGUUCUCGAAGAUCGAGAAGCCUUCAAAGACCGUGAACUCUUCAAAGACAUUCAAGUCUUCUUCAGGUCCCAAGAAACAAACGGGAAAGAAGCGAAGUCCAACUGCGGUUCCACCAGGAGGUCCAAAGCUAAGUGUUGCAGCCUUGAGAGGCAGGUCGUCUUCCUCUAACAAGAGGGAAACGUCAAGUUUCAGUUGA